AUGGCCCUCAGACUCGCCACUUCUCCUUUGGCCUUGAGCCGCUCAACCCCCUCCCUCCGCUUGGCCGUCGCCAUGCGCCCCUCGUCUUCCUUGAAUGCCCGUGUCUACUUCCACGCCUCUCGCAGCGCUGCCUCGACUGCUGGUCAGACCUCGGAUGAUGUGACCGUAGCCUACAAGGCCCCCGUCUACAAGACCAUCACCCCUAACCAGGUUCACGGAUCGUACCACUGGGACUUUGAGCGUCUCUUGACUAUCUCGAUUAUUCCCUUGUUUGCCGCCUCGGCCAUCCACGGAGCUCACCCUAUUACUGAUGGACUCUUGGGAGUUGUUGUCCCAAUCCAUUGCCAUAUGGGUUUCGAUGCCAUGGUCACUGAUUACUUGCACCCUGGCAACGUUGGCAAGUGGCCCAACAAGGCUAUUGUCUGGUCCCUCCGCGGUAUCACUGUCUUGGCCCUUGUUGGAUGCUACCAGUUCAACACCUCUGACGUUGGAUUGACCGAGUUGGUCAAGCGUGCCUGGACCGCAUAA